CUGAAGCGAUGCAAACACAGGACUACAAGGGCCAAAAAUUAGCAGAACAUAUUUUUCAAGGAAUCAUUCUUGUCUCCGCAAUAAUUGGUUUCAUCUAUGGAUACAUCACUGAACAGUUUGGAUGGACUGUCUAUAUAGUUAUGGCUGGAUUUGCUUUAUCGUGUUUGCUAACGCUCCCUCCGUGGCCUAUGUACCGCCGCAAUCCUCUGAAGUGGCUACCUGUCCAAGAGUCAGGAACAGAAGAAAAGAAGCCAGCAGACAGAAAGCCAAAGAGACACGCUAAAAGCUAAAAAAUGUGGCUCUUCAUACUGUUACUUUGUUAAAUUUUGUUAAAUGCAUUUCCACUGGGA